AUGUACAAGGAACGUCCACUUCGGCAGGACUAUGGCCUGGACGCGUAUCUGGAGCAGUCCUGGCUCGAUCCCAGGCUCAACUUGCUGCGUUUCGGCAUCAACGAGACGCUAAUGCUCAGCGGAGAAACGCUGACGGCGCGGCUCUGGAAACCGGACCUGUUUUUCGUGAACGCCAAGGACGCGGCCAUCCACAGCAUCACGGCCCCAAACGAGCUCGUCAAGAUUGAUCCAGAUGGGACAGUGCUGUACGGCGUGAGGGUACGGCUCAAACUGUCCUGUCGGAUGGACUUCAGGCUGUUCCCAUUGGACAAACAGAGGUGUCCAAUGAUCAUCAGACCUUAUGCCCAAAAAACGGGACAGACAAGGAUAUCGUGGGCGCGCCAGAAUCCCCUGACUCUAGAAUUUGAGAUACAGAUGGAGGAGUUCGACCUCAUUGAGUUUCACACAGGGGCCUAUGAGGAAAAACGACAGCUGGGGACCUUCAGCUGCCUGAACGCCACGUUCGUCCUCUAUCGGCGCAUCCACUACCACCUGAUCCAGUCGUACUUCCCGACCUGCUUGGCCGUCUUCAUCUCCUGGGUGGCCUUCUACAUCACCAUACACCUGCCCCAGAUCCGCUUCGCCCUCGGCGUGGUCACCCUGUUCACCGUGCUCUCCAUAGCCUCUUCCAUCCGGGCAACCAUGCCGCGCGUGACCUACGUCAAGGUCAUCGACGUGUGGAUCACCGCCUGCAUCAUAUUCAUCUUCGCGGAGCUCGCGGAAACCACGCUCGUCAACUACUUGAUCCGCGUGAGGCUCAGACCCGCUGUCAUGCGCAGGGUGGACUUCGGCAUCGCCAACCUUAUCCACCAAAUCAGAUACGGAUACCCGACGGACGACUUUCUGCUCAAGAUGGACACGAGCAGCAAGCUGGAGCUUCAUCGCAACGUGAAGCGGGCCGAAGCGAUCGACAGGGCCAGCCGCUACCUGUUCCCACUCUGCUUCGCCUUCUUCAACCUCGUCUACUGGCUCUAUUAUUCCGCCAAGGAAUACGAAGUCGAAUACCAUAACGCUUGA